AUGGAGGCGGCGGAGACAGAGGCUGAGGCAGUCACCCGAGAGGUCCUGGCUGAGGUGGCAAAUGUCAUAGAACCCAUAGGCCUGCAGGAAGAAACAGAGCUGCCAGCCCAGGUCCUGGCUGAAUUUGUGAGGAACUCUAGGAAGAAAGACAAGCUACUCUGUAGCCAGCUUCAAGUAGUAGAUUUUUUACAGAAUUUCCUGGCUCAGGAGGACACUGCCCAAGGCCUGGAUCCCUUGGCUCCUGAAGACACAAGCCGACAGAAAGCCAUUGAGGCCAAGGAGGAAUGGAAGGACCUUAAGGCCACUUACCAGGAGCAUGUGGAGGCCAUAAGAAGUACUCUGACUGAGGCCUUGCCUCGAGUGGAAGAGGCCCGGUGGAAACGUGUGGAACUCCAGAGGGCCAUUGAUCAGCUCCAGACCAAGAAACAACUGGCUAUGGAGAAAUUCAAAAUAGCCCAGAAGCAGUGGCAGCUACAACAGGAAAGGCAUCUGCAGGAUCUGGCAAAAGUUUCUGCAGAGGUGAAGGAGCGACAGGCUGGUACUCGGCAGAAGCUUGAGCAGCUGGAUCAAGAACUUGGAGCUCUGAAACAGCAGGCAGGCCAGGAGCAGGAUAAAUUGCAGAGGCAUCAGACUUUCCUUCAGCUGCUGUAUACUCUUCAGGGGAAGCUGUCACUCCUGGAGGCCGAAGACAAUGGUACCCCAGGAGCUACCUCUCUACCUGGCUCUUCCUAAGGUUGAGUCCCAACAGCUGCCUCAGAACACUGGAGAGAGACCGAAUGGGAGAUAGAGGCUGGGAACUUGACCUCACUCGUUGGCCACACUGUACCUGUCCAAGGCCAAAGACCCUCAGCCCAUGAUAGCUGUGAACUCACCAUGAUGUCCUGGAGGAAAAUAGCAUGGGCAAGAAGGAUCCUAGAACAGGUCAGAUCCUAAAUUACAGAUGUCGGAGGUAGGGAAACCUGUGGUCUACUUGUGUCUACAUCUGAGCUCCUCUGCCCAAGUGGGAAGGAGAAAAUUCCUCCUUAAAAUAUGGAAGAAUUUUAGCGCUUCAUGUCCCUGCCAGAUGCACCAAGGCCACUCUUUUUCCUUGAUAUCAGAAGGACAGAUUAGGAAAUCUCUAGUACAGCCUGACUUCUAACCUUGACCUGGGUGCAGAGGGGUGGGAGGUCUCAAGUAAAAAUUGUAGUUCUCUGUUAUCUGUUUGCCUUCUUGUGUUGGUGGGAAGAAAUGAAGACAGGCAGAGUAACAUUUCAGGAGCUGGAACUGGUGUGAUCAGAGACCAUGAAGAUGCCCAAGGGUCUCAGGAAUUGCUUUGCCGAAUCUACAAGCAGCAAACAUGCUGAGCUUAGUGCUUUAUGCAAGUGUUAACAUGUAAAAGGUAGAUGUAUUUGCUGAUCAGAAUGUUUGUUAAAUCCCUGCUUUGUGCUAAGGGCCUUUGCUCUGAACUUCAAGAACUCCACUAGUGAGCUUAUCUGUUUC